ACCAACCGACCGACUGUAACAGAACCCUUGCACUAGGAAGCCUUGUCCUGACGAACAAUGACUGCCCCGAUUGCCGGCCCAUCCUCGCCACCGCAUCUUCGGGCCAAAUCGAACGGAUCCGUUCCAUCGGAGUCGAAAGCGAAACCAAGUCCAGACGGAUCGGAUUCAGACUCGGAGGAUGAGUUCAUGCCUAGUCUGCCGCCUAAGUUCCUGCCUACCAAACCUCCCAAAACGAUCGGUCCCACCCUCCCUCCCGGUUUCGUAAUAUCAGACAGCCUCAAUGAUCAAGAUGAUGAUGAUGAGGAGGAGGAGGAUGAGAGGGUUGCUGGGCCAGCUCCGUUGCCUGCCCAUCUUGCAUCGACGGUUGGACUGCAAAACGAGGGCGUCGUAGCCCUCAAGGAGCGCGAGGAACGACAGAAAGAAUCGGACCGGAUCGAGCGGGAAAGUAAAUUACUUAAACGUGAAGAGUGGAUGCUGUUGCCGCCUAAGGAGCUAGACCUUCAAGCCACGAUUGAUCCGACGAAGAUAAAAGCGCGAGGAUUCAAGCAAACGUCGAAGCCGCAUUCGAGCUCGACAGACCGGCAGACCAGUGCGGGCUCCUUAUGGACCGAGACCCCGGCCGAACGGAGCCAACGACUGGCCGACGAGGCCAUCGGCAAACGCCGCCGCGCAGAAGAAACCACCCAGGAUGAUGGCGACGAUUUGGAGGCUUCGAAGCGGAAGAAACGGGACAAGUUGAUGCGCCAACAGGUCGAAGAACAUAAUAAAUCGUCCCGGAAUGCCUCUUUGCUAGAUCUGCACAAGACAGCCACCGUCAACAUCUCGAAUUCGAAGACCAAGGCCGAGAAAGAGAGCGAGCGGAAGCAAGCCGUUGUGUGGGACCACGAUGCGAUGAUGGGCGUCCAUUCCAAGCUGAUGUCCGAGAACCAGAAGGCCGAUCUGAUCAAGGAUGCUAAAGGAUUGGGCGGCCGAUUUGGCGGCGGUAGCUUCUUGUAAUUCUUGUCCAUCCGUCUCCCUUGAACACAGAUUGCGAUUUUCUUUUUUUUGUAAUCAAACUUGUAGGAUUAAUGGGGUCCAAUCAAGCCCCCGACUACUUGAGAUCCUUACCAUCCAGCUCGACCAUUUCCUCCUCAGCCACACAUGGUGGAUAUGACGCUCGUCCGUCCAUGCGCUUUUAACCUAGGAGCGCACUCAACAAGAUGGAAGGCAAAUCAUUUUUUUAAGGCUGGGAAACAUCCACUUUGGAGAAGUUCAAGCCCUCCCCCUGUUUGAGAGAGAAGAGCUGAGAAAUUCGCACGACACAAGACCACCAAGACUG